UUUAAAAUCGAAUCUUUCUGUUUUUGAACGUAUUUAAAAGGUGGAUUAAGAACGUCAUUUUUUAUAUUCACUGGACUACACUUAGAUAACAUCAGUAUUUUUAAAAUGAAUAGGCAUGGUAUCAGUCAACAAAUCCGACCGUCUUUGGGAUAUCCUUCAAACCCAAAUAUUUCAAGAAAGAUAACAUCUAUUUCUGUGAACAAUCAAAGUAGGAUAUCUAAAGGGAGGGUUUCUUCUGGAUCGUCAUGGACUCUUAAUCCAGCGGCUACGUUUCAAGUGCUGCCUUCUCAAUCUUCGUCUCCUAAGUUUGUAGAUGCGCCUCAUCCAUCUCGUUCUCCUACAGUUGUUUCUCAGCCUAUAUCUUCUGGAAAUUUGGUAGGCCAGGUGUCUCCUUUAGAUCCUUCGGAUUUUCCAGCUCUGGGCUCAUCUUCAAACGCUUCAUUAGCACAUACUCCUAAUCAGUAUUCUGAGUAUGCGUUCUCUGCUGCUAGUGAACAUCAGAAGCCCCAAGCAUUGCUUGCUCGUCCUUUGUUAAAAUUAAAUACGAAUGGUUUUUCUAAUAAUCAAGAUGAUUUUUCAUCUAUUACCUCUGGGAUUGAUAUGAUGAAAUUGGGACAACAGUCUAAUAGCUCUAGUAUUGAGAAUUCAUAUUCAGAUGCAUAUUCUUCUACUUUAUCUCCUGUAAUAAAACAGCAAAAUACAACUCAAUCUGUGUUAUCUCCUAACCGAUCAUCUCUUCUAUCAAUUAUGACAGAUAGCUCUGGACUACUACAAAAGACAAGGAAAAAUGCUAGACAGAAUACUGUUUCUUCAGAUAUGCUUAAAGAUAAUUUUAUUUCAAUUUUAAAACCUGAUGUUCAAUCAUAUAAUCUUGCUACUGAGCAAGAAAAAAUGAAUAUACAAAAGGCGAAUUUAGAGUUAUCUUCUGAUCCUCAUUCUUCUGUUAAUUCUGCCGCUAAUGCAUUACUUUCCUUAUCGACUUCUGAUAUUCCACCAAACACCUCUACUAUAGAGUCAAAAGGUUUAUCUAUUGAACAACCGUCUACAUCGUUAACACCUGUUGAAAAAUUUUCUUUAAAAGGUCUUUUAAAUAUUUUUAGAAUGGAGAAUCCUGAUUUGAAUACGUUGGCAUUGGGAACUGAUUUGACAACUUUAGGUUUAAAUUUUAAUCAACCUGACGAUCGGCUUUUAUGCACGUCAUUUUUGUCUCCUUGGAUAGAUUCUAAUGCAACAAAAGUUUGGAUUGAGCCAAAAUUUUAUCUCCCUGCAUGUUAUAAUGUUCAACUUGCGCCUCCUGCUUUGUCUAAAAUUCGUAAUUUUUCAGAUGAAACUCUUUUUUAUAUAUUUUAUAGUAUGCCUAGAGAUGCGAUGCAAGAAGCUGCUGCUCAAGAACUUACAAAUAGGAAUUGGAGAUACCACAAAGAGUUAAAGUUAUGGCUUACAAAAGAACCUGGUGUAGAACCUAUUCAAAGAACAUCUCAAUAUGAAAGAGGUCAAUAUAUUUUUUUUGAUUAUAUGUUAUGGGAAAAGCUAAAGAAGGAAUUCCUUUUAAUUUAUGAUGCUUUGGAAGAUCGGUUUACACCUUUUACCUCAAAUAUUAGCACUGAAAUGGGACUUAAUUCAAGAAUGUUAAAUGGUAUUUAA